AUGGGCAGCAUCUGCGCACUGUAUGAUGAGCUGCCACUCGAGGUCCACAUCACGCUGGAGGGCAAGCAGAAGCGGAGAACGCCCACGUGCGAGCUCGAGCAGGCAGCGCUGUCCAAGCUCCACUACCUUGGCGAGCACCUGCACGUCUUCACGGACGGAUCUGUCCUCCCAUCGAGCGGCUCGGCAACGGCAGCCUGCGUGGUCCCCGCAUUGGGCGAGAACCUACAGUGCCGCCUUCCAUUUGCGGCGAGCUCCACAGCAGCGGAGCUAGGCGAUCUGCACCUGGCAGCCGACUACCUGGCUGCUCACCCACCGCAAGUACCGGUAGCCAUCUUCACGGACUCCCGCCCGGCUCUCCAGGGUCUGCUCCAGCCAGACCCAGCAGGCGUCACAGUGGCCCUGCUGCUAAGGCUGACAGCGCUGCAGAGGAGCGGCAUCCCCCUCUCACUCCACUGGCUCCCCUCCCAUGCAGGGAUAGCCGGAAACGAAGAGGCGGAUGCAGCAGCCAAAGCAGCCUAUCACGAGCCGGUCCAAGUGAGCACUGCGGUAGCAGCGGCAGACUUCUCGAGACACCGCCUGCUGAAACUGCUCACCGCUGCGCACCCGGACAAGCGUGUGGCCCGCGGGCAACCACCGAGACCACUCCCCGACACAGGACUCAACAGGCAGGAAAGGACGCUCCUCCUGCGCCUCAGGACCGGAAGUGCAUGGCCCGCUGCACGCAAGUUCAGCAUGGGGCGCGUCUCAUCCCCUGCCUGCCGGAGAUGCGGCUCCCCAGAGACCCUGGAACACAUCAUAUGCCACUGUCCAGACCUCGCGAACCCAAGGCACGCGAUGACAGUGGCAUACAACAACCUCGGCCUUCCAGCCACCUCAGAGGAAGACUUCCUCUUCCCCCGCCACAGUCCCGUCGCAGCUUUGCAAUGCUUCUUGGAGUUUGCCGCUGUGGCGGGACUUGCCUCCCUGUAG